UCAUCGUGCUGUUUUUGUUGUUGAAUGAAAGAAAAAUCGUAAAAAUUAUCAAUGACGUCAAAUCCAAAUUAACAAAAGAUGUGAUUAAAGUUCAAUAUUUUAACAAUCAGAGAACAUGAAGUUAUUUUAGUCAAGGACACAACAUGGAAAGCAUUACCAAUUUCUCGGUUUCGCUUAUCAAAGGAUUUAUUGAUAGCUUGCGUGGAGUCACCGUGCUCUUGUAUUUGGAUAAAGAAAUAAAUGAGAGAGCGCAAAACCGUUCGCCAAGAAUUGAAAACGAGAACACCAGAAACAAACACAGUCCUGUAAAACCCGAAUCAAAAGUACUUACGAGGGUGAUACAAUCAUGCAUCCUCAACGGAUUCAUAUUUUUGCUCAGCAUAUUGAUAUUCGAGUAUGCCCUGCUGCCUGCGGUCAAGUACUUAAUCACUGUGGUGUUCGGUCAUGACCCCGGGGUGGCCCGCAACGUGUGGGGAUGGAUGCAGCCGUUCCUCUCUAUGACCUUCAGGAUGAUAUGGGUCCUGCCGCUGUUUUUAUUGAGCAGACUUGUUAACAGUCUGUGGUUUCAGGAUAUAGCUGAUUCUGCGUACCGCCACCGCCGAGGGCGGCCGCAGUUCAUGUCGAGCGUGAGCAAGAUCAUUGCUGAUUCGCUUUUUAGUAUGCUUGUGCAAGCGCUAUUUUUAGUACAGAGUAUGUUAGUCAGUAUGCUACCAAUUACUUACAUCGGCGAGUUGCUGUGUCUCCUUCACAUGUGCCUCCUAUACUCGCUGUACUCGUUUGAGUACAAGUGGUUCAACAUGGGCUGGGAGCUACAUAAACGGCUGACCUUUAUCGAGUCCAACUGGCCAUAUUUCCUAGGAUUCGGACUGCCUUUGGCUGUGCUGACUCAGAUUCCACAGUCUUAUAUAAUAAGUGGAUGCGUGUUCUCAAUAUUCUUCCCCGUGUUCAUAUUGAGUGGCAAUGAAGCUACUCCAGUUAUGGGGAGCGAAUACCCAUUACGGCUGUUCUCGCCGGUGGUAGCCAUAUCCAACGGUAUGUUCCGUUUCGUGCGCCAGGGAGCCGAAGCGGUCACCCAUCGCAGUCGGUGAUAGCCGCUUCAACCACUUAACUUUAAUAUUUUAGCUUAUAAUGACUGCGGCUUCAGGGUUGGCGUGUGUGGCGUUCCGUGCAAAAAAUGUACCAGGAUUUAUUUAUUUAUUUAUUUAUGUACACAAAAUUAUAUACAGAAGCAUUUAUUACAGUAAUUCUAGUACAAAGGUGCUACUUAUUUCAAAAGAAAUCUCUUCCAGUAGACCCAUGAGAGGAGAGAUUAAUUUUAUAGCGGUAUGUUAUUGAUUUAGGGUCAGAUGUGGGAUUCCCUUAAUUAUGUUGAUUAAAAAGAUAUAUAUUGGUUGGUGUUUCGCAAGUAUUUUAAGACUCUGUCGGCUCUGUCCAUCCCGUAUGGGAUAUAGACGUGAUUAUCUGUAUGUAUGUAUGUAUGUAGUACUACAUUUUAAAUACUUUUAUACAUUGUUGUAUAAUAUUCAAACGGGAAUUAACGCGAACAUACAUACAUACGCGAACAUGCAUUAAUAAAAUCGUGUAAUGUUUUUAAGUAUUUAUAUAUAUUAUAAUACUUUUUUGGAAUAUACAUCACAAAUUUUUUUUUAUCAUACACAAAUAAUGUUUUCUCCAAAAAAUUGCCUUUUAAAAAAAUCUAAAUUCUAUAUUCAAAAAUUUUGUCAUAUCUUUUGGUUUCACAACAUCGGUUGACGUCAAAUAAAUUACUGAAAACUUAAGUUUACUGCCGCUUCCAAAGCGUCAGUGCAGAAGAAGCGGUAACAAGCUGCACUGCAGCAUUUACUUUAACAACUUCAACUUCACAACUAUAAAAUAAUGAUCUCUCUAAUAUGUUAAUUGUAUCAAAUUCAUAGUUGUGAAUUUGUUGGCAAAAUACAAAAUGCACUAUUUUCAUCCGAUUUACGAAAAACACGAAUAACUCCAAAACUAUCAAUGCCGACAUCUGGUACCCUUAUGCACGGAACGCCAUAGAAAUGAUUUUUUUGUAAAUUCUAACACGUCAUUUCUUAUAAUAAUGUUUGAUUUGCUCAAAUAUGACCAAAAAAUUCUCUUAACCCUGCAAGCGCUAUUGGGUAGUCCCAAGGACACAAGAAGGGUUUCUCAAAACCCCAAGAGGGGAUUUACGCGGGUAGGCGCGGCGGAAAUACGAAAAAAAAAUAUAGCUCCACAAUUAUAUAUUUUUUUAUUAAUGAAGAAUAAGUCUGGCUGAAUUUUAUUGUGAGUUUUUUUUUUAUUUCGGGAUAUAAUCGAGUUGGUGAAUUAAUAUUUUAUACAUAUAAUUAUUGUAGUCAUUUUAAAUCGUUGGCGCAUUAAUUGGUAAUUAAAAUUAUGGUAACUGUCUCCUAAGACGAAGACAACGCUUUGAAGCGUUCAUUUCAUGCAAGGUACAGUGGACGACAUAGAAAAUAAUACCAAUAAUAUUAUCUUUGACGUAUGGCAGGUGGUAUUCUAUUCUAUAUGACUCACUGUACAUGAGCUUAGGAAUAACUAUGAUUAUUUAAUAUUCUAUUGUUUUUUUUUAUUUGCUGAUAAUGUGCCUGUAUUGUACGUAUGUAUCUUUUACUAUUUUUGGGAAGCUGGGAAGAGCUUACAGACCAUAUUUGUAUUCUUAAUAAAAUUGUGAAUUCUGGGGCUCCAAUGCCCUCUAUCUACGCCCAUUUGUGUCAUAUAAUAAGAGGCCCUUGGAAUAUAAACAAACUAUUUUGUAUUUUUUUAUCAUUAUUUGCUGAUGAUUUGUUUGUUUAGGCUGGUAUUACGGUUUAAUGUCUGAUGUUGAAUACUUUAUUGUAUAAAGCUAUUAUUAUUGUGUAUUUCAAUCAUCUUGUGAAGUCCUGAAUUGUGAUUUAUACAUGACAUUAUUUAUUGAAGUGACUGAUGGA